AUGUCCCCGAGAUGGAAUGUUAGUAAGUGGUUGGUGAAGGAAGAAUAUAAGUCGCAAAAGUUUAGUAAACCGUUUUACUUGACCAAAUGGGGAAAUUUCAAAACCGUUCACAAUCAGUUUUCAGCCAAUAGCGGAGCUUUUAAUAAGUUUUGCGACAUGAACAAAUUACAUGAGAACGACAUUAAAUCUAAAAAGUAG